CUUUAGUCUGUUACCCGGAGCACAGCUGGUCACUUGGCGCAGGGCGCCGGUGGGAGAAGAAGCGGACGUAUUGCUCUGUUCUGGGAUAUCCGCACUGUGCACCACCUGACCCUCCCCUGGUGGACCCCCGGCCACAGCUUCACCGGCUCUCCCGUCUUCUCUAGCAAUAGGUUUUCUCACUUCUGCCUACACAAUGCCUGGCGACUUCUCCAUGUGCUUGUGUCUCAGCCCCCCUCCUCCACACCACUUGCGUCUCCCUACAACAAAGUCAUGUUUGGUUCCAACUUCUCGCCCUUCAGACCCACGUAAAAAGGGUGUAGUCUUUGCCGACGCUCUUGGACUGGCCCUGACCACAGUACGUCACUUCUCUCGUCCGCUCUUCGAAGAAGAUUCACUGGUGCUCGCCUUGGCUUCGUUGAGAGCUCUGCGCCCACUUUCCACCUCUACAUACACUUUGGACUUUCAGCCCCCAACUCGAGACUAUUCCAGUUUCCGGGCUAGGCUCACCCAGCAACAGGUUUGUCUGGAGCAAUGCGCUGUCCAGGGAGCAGCCGUGGCCGGUACGGUACGUGUGCACAAUAUUGGGUAUGAGAAACGAGUUAUUCUUCGGGUCAGCUAUGAUAACUGGAAAAGUCACUACGACCUGCCAUGCUCUUUCCUACGUGAUCCCUAUGGAGGAGGGGAGACGGACACCUUCUCUUUCAGACUUCCGCUUCCUCUGGGCACCAAGCGGGCUGAGUUUUGUAUUUGCUUUUGGUGCCAGGGCACAGAAUAUUGGGAUAAUAACGGAGGGGAGAAUUAUGUUUUGAAGAAGGAGACAGAACGCCGGAGCUAUACACAUGGUAUCUAUUGGUAAAAUGGGUCUAAUGGAACCUAAAAGUACUGGUUCGCUGGAGGAAAAAAUGGUCAUUGUACAGCCUUCCUUUUGUAGAUCAAAAGGGCGUCUGGAAACCUUUCCAGAUAUGGCUGUGGAGUAGAUGCUAGGCUGCUACUAUCUGAGUCUUACCGACGUGGUUGCCUGGCAGUAUUGUGCUAUUUAUAUGCUUGUCUUGCUUGCUCAGGGUUUGUUCACA